AUGGGAAUGGGAGGCAUACCUGCCUGCCAUAUACAUCAACCUGAAGCUUUCAAGUGUUGUACAGAACAAGUAAUUGACAGUCAUACAGAUUUGAAUACUAUACUGUUAAAACAAUAUGAUGGAGGUCUCCAGUUUGAUGCACUGUUAAAAUUCAUGCUGAAGUCACAGGAGGCAGGUGCGUUGCCUGAGGAGUUCGUCGGUGCCGAUGUCGUCGGUUGUGGAAGGCGGCGAUGGCCAACAGUGGCUGGGCGGCGAAGGUGCAACAGUGGCUUGGCGGCGCCGACGUAUGACUGUAGUGUGCGUCUGAACGGCGACAUAGAAGAAAGUCUGAAUGGCGACGUCGAAGAAAGACAUCGAGAUUAA